AUGUCUGCCACUCGAGGAAUGGGAGCUUUGAAAGGACUUCCUUUCACUCCCAAAAAAGGUGGGACCCCUAGGAGGAAUGAGAUUGUUUUCAUUGCGCCUACUGGUGAGGAGAUCAGGAGUAAGAGACAGUUGGACCAAUAUCUGAAAUCUCACCCCGGAGGACCUUCGACUUCGGUUUUUGACUGGGGCACAGGUGACACUCCAAGACGUUCUGCGAGACUAACUGUGAAAUCAAAAGCAACGGAGUCACCAGAAAGUGAGACUCCCCAGAAAAAGCAAAGGAAAUCAAGUUCAAAGAAGGGAGCAAAGGAGGAGGAGGAGGAGGAGGAGGAGGAUGCUGAUAAGGAAGGUGAGGCUGCUGAAGACAAGGAAGAUGCUGUGGCAGAAACCAAAGAAAGUACAGAAGUUCCUAUGGAAGAUACAGAGAAUCCUGGGGACCAUAAGGAAGGAGAUCUGAUUGACGAGGAAGUCCCCGGAGAUAAAGCUAAUGUGGAGGAAGCUGAUAAGAAGAACGAAGGCGGGAUUGUGGUUACCGAGGAAGCUCCCACAGCUGAAGAUAAUGUGAAGGAGGCAGUGUUGAACGCAAAAGAAAAUAUCAAUGAGAUGAGCAUAGAUGAACCGGAGAAUCAGAAAACCAGCAAUGAGACUUCUGAUACAAAGGAGGAUGAAUCUGAUAACAAAUCACUGCCGACUCCGGGGCUCAUGGAUAAUAACAAGGAAGCCGAGAAUAAUCUGGGGGAGGCUGAAGCUCCGUCCCAGUUAGCUUUGCCCAAUGAGGCUGCAUUUUCUGUGCAGGAAGUGGAAACUGUAAAAGACGCAAUUCCUGUGGUGGCAGAUGCAACGAUUGAAAAGGCAUCCAAGGAUGCCAAAGUAGGACAACAGGGCCAAGCUGACAAUGAGAUUCCGGCAGAGCCAGUGGCGAGUGCAGAAGCAGCUAAACCAGAUGACAGGGAGAAGGAAAACCAACAAACAGACGAUCAUGCAGUGAGUUGCAAGGAGGCACCACAUGAGCCCAAGACGUCUCAAGUUAGCUGCUGAAAUUUUUACAGGGGUCUUGUUGUACUCAUAAAUUUAUUGCCGUAACCUUUUUUGUUCCUCCAGUUAGAUUAUCUGACAGUCGCUGAUAAAUCUGUUCUGCAAAUUGCCAUUAGGAUUUCAUGCAGAGUUUGAUUGGUAUCAUCAGUUGUUUAUUACAUACUGUGAUAAAACUUUCUUAGUCCGUUGACUCUCAAUACUUAACAUCAGUACUUAGCUGUAAUCUCAAUUCUCUGUUUAAGGCUAUUGUCUAGCUCUAUAUAAUUUUCUCGUGUUG